AUGGCUGUGGUUGAUAUUCUUCCCGCCAAAGAUGACGGUAAACACCAAAUUGAGCAGCAGAUCAAAGUGUCCAGCUCCUGGUGCGGCCCUGGGCCCGCCGCAUACGAUUUUCGAUCCGACACCAUCACAACGCCAACCUUGUCCAUGCUGCAACAAAUCGCGCAAUCGACGCUAAUGGACGAUGUGUACCAAGAGGACACAACGACGACAGAGUUUGAAAAGUUCAUGGCCAAGUUGACGGGGAAAGAAGACAGUCUGCUGGUGAUGUCAGGGACUAUGGGAAACCAAAUCGCUCUUCGCUCGCUCUUAACACAGCCACCACAUGCAAUCCUUUGCCAUGUCUCGUCACACAUUCUCAAUUCCGAAGCCGGUAGCUGUUCAUCUUUUUCUCAGGCACACAUGCAACCAUGUACCCCAGCCAACGGGCAAUACCUUACCCUUGAAGAUGUCAAGCGUACGGCAGUGAUCAGCAAUAACAUCCACGUCGCUCCGACCCGCGUCAUCUCACUCGAGAAUACUUUAGCAGGUGUCAUCACUCCUCUAGAGGAAGUUCGUCGGAUAUCUGCAUUUGCUCGCUCCAAUGGUAUCAAAAUGCAUCUUGACGGCGCAAGACUCUGGGAAGCAGUAGCUGCCGGUGCCGGCUCCUUGACCGACUUUCUAGAGUGCUUUGAUACGGCCCAACUGUGCUUCUCCAAAGGUCUAGCUGCACCGAUUGGUAGCAUUAUCGUUGGCCGAAAGAGUACCUUGGAGCACUGCAGAUGGGUGAGAAAGAGCAUUGGUGGAGGUAUUCGACAAGCUGGAAUCAUCUCAGCUGCGGCUCGUGUGGCAGUCGAGGAGAAUUUCGGCACGGAUCCUUCUGGUAAAGGAAACAGAUUGCGCGCAACACAUGACAAGGCCAAGGUCAUCGAAAAGAUGUGGGCUGAUCGUGGUGGAAGUUUCAAUCGACCCGUUGAGACGAAUAUGGUCUGGUUGGAUCUACCACACAGCGGCAUCACAGUGGACGAGAUCAUCUCUGCUGGCAAGGAGGAGGGUGUCAAAUUGAUGAGCGGUAGAUUAAUUGUCCACCAUCAAAUUGCUGACGAGGCAAUAGUUAGGUUGGAAAAGGUUUUUGAUCGUUUGCUGUCGUCCAAGGAGAAGAGAAACGGUGAGGUUCAGGAGGCACAAACGGUCUAUCGAUGA